UCCCAAUCCCCUCCAUAUCAUGUGAUUCAGGUGUUCCAAUCCCCUCCAUAUCAUGUGAUUCAGGUGUUCCAAUCCCCUUCCAAUCAUGUGAUUCAGGUGUUCCAAUCCCCUCCAUAUCAUGUGAUUCAGGUGUCCAAAUCCCCUCCAUAUCAUGUGAUUCAGGUGUUCCAAUCCCCUCCCAAUCAUGUGAUUCAGGUGUUCCAAUCCCUUCCCAAUCAUGUGAUUCAGGUGCUCCAAUCCCCUCCAUAUCAUGUGAUUCAGAUGUUCCAAUCCCUUCCCAAUCAUGUGAUUCAGGUGCUCCAAUCCCUUCCAUAUCAUGUGAUUCAGGUGUUCCAAUCCCCUCCAUAUCAUGGGAUUCAGGUGUUCCAAUCCCCUUUCCAAUCAUGUGAUUCGGGUGCUCCAAUCCCCUCCAUAUCAUGUGAUUCGGGUGCUCCAAUCCCC